AUGGCACACAGAGGAAACAUGAACACCUCGAGCAUUUACAGCACAUUCGGACGCUUCUUCCCAAACAACUUUUCUCUUUGGGAGCAUCUUCAGAAGAACUGGACCAGGCGUGAUUUGACGCCUUUCUCCAUCGACUUUCUGUUCGCGGGUCAUGAACCGGACACUAUAGUUUUAAUGGUGAUGUACGUGAUCUCUUUCGUGACCGGACUGGUGGGGAAUAUCAUGGCUCUGUGGGUCCUGACGCGCCGGAGGCAUCGUUUAUCUGGAGCUUCAGCCACCAGGAGACUCCUGGUCAACCUGGCGGUGUGCGACAUGAUGGUGGUGUGUGUCUGCAUGCCGGUUAACUUGGGACACCAGGUGUAUAACGCCUGGGUGUUUGGAGACUUUCUGUGUCGAGCUGUGCCGUUCGUUCAGGCGGUGUCCGUCUCUGCGAGUGUCCUGAGUCUGGCCGUGAUCAGUCUGAACAGAUACUACAGCGUCCACAGUCCUCUGCACGCCAGGGCUUUCUUCACGGCCAGCAGAAUGAUAUGCAUGAUAGCUGUGGUGUGGCUCGUGUCCUCGGCGUUAUGUCUGCCGUUAUUUUUCAUGAACACAACUAAGACGCUGUCCCUUCUAGACGAGCUGCAUACGGUGACCGUGUGCGUGGAAAGCUGGUCUAAAGUCAAACUGCGCCAGGGUUACAACUUUUUACUCUUCUGCGCGUUGUAUGGAUUCCCGGUGGUCUUUAAUUUAAUUAUUUGCUUCCUGACCGGUUGGAAACUGAGUAGAGGAGGCACGGCAUCAAUAUCAGAUCCCAACCAGCUCGCGCUGACCUCUUCGACAUCGCGCCUGAAAACGCGCAAGAGGAUCGCCAAAAUGGUCUUCGCGCUCGUGCUGCUCUUCACUUUCUCCUGGCUGCCUCUUUACACCGUGGACAUCUGGAUCGAUGCCAACAUCGCCAGCUCUCCUGAUCGAAACGACGAGAUGAGCAAUAUCGAGCAUCGUUGGAUUCUCCAGAGCAGACCCUUUGCGCAAUGGCUGGGUCUCACCAACUCGUCCCUCAAUCCCCUCUGCUACUGCUUUGUUGGAAACUUGUACAGAUCGGCCAAGAGGUUCAGAGAAAGCUACAGAGAGAAGAUGUCAUCGGUCUUGAGUCUGUCCAGUAAAUCUUCGAUUAGAAAUUCGGCGUCUAAAACCCAGCCGCGCAACUCUGGCUCGUCCAGGAGAUUUGCUUCGGAACCAAGGAGCUACACAGUUUUCAAGCUGACCAGAAGUAAAAGCGUGUCUUCGACGACCGUGUGUGAGAGUAUUUGACUUAUAGGGAGGAUGAGAAUUGUACAGACAGACUACAAACAAAGACGUUAAUGUUAAUAGAUUGAUGCUUUAUUAACAACUUUCAUUGAUAGGUCAUGAUCAAACAUCAUAUGCUGCUUAAUAGAGUAGUAGUUCAUGUAGGCCUACACUUCAGUCUAAAUAUAUAUUUUUAAAAGUUUCUUUGCAACACAAUAACAUGCUUCUAUUUUGCAUCUAUUUAUUAUUAGCUUUUUUAUAAUUAAAGAUUAAAAAGACAUUCCCAGAAUAAUUUUACUUUGAAGAGUAUUUGGCAUGUGUUU